AUGGCAGGCAGAAAUAAAUGUCAGAGUUGCAAUGGAAAUGCGACUUUAAAGGAUUCGUUACAAUGUAAAUUAUGUAGUUCAGUGACUAUGCAUUGGAAAUGUAGUGGAGUAACUGAACCAACAACAAAAGAACUCCUGCAGGCUGUUAAUUUCGUCUGGAUAUGUAAAAACUGCCUUGAACAUAUUGACAUGUUUAGAUCGAAUAAACAGCUAAGUGAGUUGACAGAGGAGAUAAGAAAGUUGCAAGAAAGCAACGUCUCACUCAGUAAUCAGGUAAAGAUUGUUCAAAAAAAAAUUGACAGCAGAGAUGAUAACGAAAGUAUUGAUGACAGGAUUGUGGUGCUGCAGGAAAAUCUUAAAAAAUCUUAUGCAGAUACUCUAAAAGAUGUUGUGACUACAAAUGUUGUGAAGUUAAAUGAUGAGGUGAUAAACGACUGUUUCCAAGCGUUAAAAAAGGAGAUGAUCGAGACGAAGGAAGCAGUCAGCGUUGAGUUCAAAAAUGUGCAGAAGACACUGGUCGAGGCAUCUGAGGCUAAAGAGAAAGAAAGAAAUAUUAUGUUGUUCCGACUGUCAGAACAUGGUGAUGACAAAAAGCGCAUCAUUCAAAUAUUUAAGCAUUUGACAGAUGAUGCUGUAAAUGACAAGGAUGUCAUUAAAAUAUUAAGAUUGGGGAAGAAAAAGAAAACUCAAAUAGGCCAUUGCUGA